AUGUUAUUCGCACCAUCAAAUGAAAAAACCAACCCUAAGUCACAUUCCGCAACUUUACGAAUUCUCUGUCCAGUUAUGUGGAUGCAAAGACCAGCUGUGAUCAACUGUCCUCCGGGUCUUGAGUAUUUGACUCAAAUUGACCAAUUGUUGGUUAAACAGGUGAUUGAUGCUAUCGAAACGAUCCUGCCUUAUGAAGUGCGAAACCGCUAUACAUGUUACAACACACUGGGACAAAGUGUAUAUCGAUGCUAUGAAGAAUCUGACUUUUGUUCACGGACAUUCUGUGGACCAUCAAGACCUUUCGUAUUACAUAUUUUAAACAAUAACAACUCUGAAGUUAUCCGUGCGAUUCGGCCUUUUCGAUGUGAUUGUUACGCUUGUUGUUCGUGUUUAGAAUGCUGUCAAGAAGAACUUGAAGUUCAGUCUCCAGUUGGCAAUUGUAUCGGCUAUGUGAAACGAGUAUUUAGUGGUUGUAAUCUUGAUUACCACAUUUUGGAUGGUAACCAGCGUACAGUUCUGCAAAUACAUGGUCCAUCAUGUUGUUUUUGUGAAUGUUUAGGAUCGGAUAUAGUAUUCAAGGUAACUUCUGCUGACGGUACUAUAGAAAUAGGUAGAAUUACCAGAAAAUGGAGCAAUAUUAUCCAAGAACUAUUUACUGAUGCAGAUAAUUUUGGAGUUUCUUUCCCGAUGGACUUAGACGUGAAAAUGAAAGCGGUUCUCCUAGCUGCUGUUUUUCUCAUUGAUUUUAAAUAUUUUGAAAAGAAGCCGAAACAAUGA